UAAAAGUAGGAUGUCUCAUAAUUAUGUUUCAUUCUUUAAGAAUAUAUUGGUAUUUUUAAGUAACGUAUCUUCUAUUCAUGUAGACAAGAUAGUUUUUACGCAUGUAGAUAAGAUUUAAAAGCAGAUAUUAGUAGUGAUGAUAAUAAUUAAUAAUGAAGACAUUUAUUAGGUCAAUUUGCUGACGCUAUAAAGCCCGAGACCCUCUCAUUUGAUUCUAACACAAUUCAUACUUACAUCUUCCAAGUAAGUGAUUUCAUUUUUGAUCCUUUUUUUUUUUCGUCUUGAUUUCAUUAUAAUCAAUCUUUAACAAUUUUCUCGUAUCACAACACCACCAUACUAACAAGUAACAACAAUCAUUUUUUGUAUUUUAUUUGAUGAAAAGAGAAAUAGUUUGGUGAUUUAUCGUAAAGAUGUUUAAGAAAAUGGAUAAAAAAGCAACGCAGAGAAUUGAGAAGGAAUACAAAGCUAUGAUCUCGAAUGACUCUUUGUACAGUAUUGGUCGAGACUCGAACGAUAUAUACAAAUGGAAAACAAUGAUCCAUGGUCCACGUGGUACUCCCUAUGAAGGUGGCAUAUUUAACAUCGAUAUUAAGUUUCCUACAGAUUAUCCUUUUAAACCACCCAAGUUUACGUUCAGAACUCCGAUUUACCAUCCAAAUAUCAAUGAUGAAGGGUCAAUUUGCCUUGACAUUCUUAAAGACAAGUGGACUCCUACUCUUACGGUUGAAAAGGUGCUCUUGUCCAUAACGUUACUAUUGGAGGAUCCAAACCCAGAUGAUCCUCUUGUACCUGAUAUUGGACAACUCUUCAAGAAUAACCGAUUCCUAUUUGACCAGAGAGCCCGAGAAUUCACUGCACGACAUGCUAAUGAUUAAAACUUAAAUAGUUGUUUUCUAAUUUUCGAAGUUUGUCAUAUCUUACUUAUUAAUAAUUAUCAAUAGCUUCCUAUGCUAUGUUAUUGUCGAAUUCUUUUCUAUUAUAAAAAAAAAGUCAUAUUCUUAGUUUA